UCUACACCGACUUCCCUCUCUCAACAGCUCUCUGUUUUCAUCUCAAAAGGAAAAGGGUCAAAGCAUUUAUUUUAGGGGAAACAUGGAGAGAGAAAACUUCAGCAACUCAAGACCACCGAUCGACGAUGGGGCUUCGAUUCUUCUCGGCGUCUGAGGUUGUGGAAAAUGAGUUUCCGAUCGUCACAUUAAUCAGAAAUGGGUGAGGAGGCUACUAAAGUUGUUGUAUCGGAGUCGGUUUUGAAAAAGCAGAAGAGGGAGGAAGCAUGGGCUUUGGCCAAGGAGGAUCAGGAUGGUCAGAAGAAGAAGAGAGUUGAAAUCAGGAAGCUGAUCUUUAAGAGGGCUGAGCGGUACGCUAAGGAAUACGCAAACAAGGAGAGGGAAUUGCUCUGUCUCAAAAGGGAGACUUGUUUAUUGUAUGCUUAUUUGUUUGUUGUUUUUCAUCUAAUUUCUGUUGAAUGGAACAUUGGAACUGUACUAAAUCCAUUUGUGCCAUCUGUGCUGAAGGAAACUUUAAUUUAGUGACAUCUCAUUCUGGCAUGGUGGAGAACUAUGAGGAACACAGUGGUGAUGUAUAUGAUGAUUGUUUGAUCAAAUUGAGGGUUAAUCCUAAAAGAAGACGGGAUAAAGUUUAUGUUGGUUGUGGAGCUGGCUUUAGUGGUGACAGGCCAAUGGCAGCUUUUAAGUUGCUUCAAAGUGUGAACGAGCUUAACUAUAUUGUACUUGAGUGUCUUGCUGAGCGCACUCUAGCUGACCGGUACAAGGCGAUGAUAUAUGGGGGAGAUGGUUAUGACCCACGCAUUUCGGAGUGGAUGCACUUGCUUUUACCUCUGGCUGUGGAAAGGGGAACAUGCAGAAUUACAAAUAUGGGUGCAAUGGAUCCAAUUGGUGCUCAGAUAAAGGUGCUUGAAAUUGCAAACAGCCUGGGGCUUAGUAUAACAGUUGUUGUUGCACAUGAAGUUGCCUUCAAAGAUCUAGGUUAUAGGGUGCAAUUUAUAGCAAGCAAGAUGAGAGGAGCAGUAUUUGCAGCAUUAGCUGCUACAAUGGGCAACUUGUUGCAAGGGUGGGACAAUGCAACUAUUGCAGGGGCUCUAAUAUACAUCAAGAGGGAAUUCAACCUUGAAACACAACCAACAUUGGAGGGGCUUAUUGUGGCCAUGUCUCUUAUUGGAGCCACAGUUAUCACGACGUUCUCAGGUCCCGUUUCAGAUUCAGUUGGGCGCCGGCCUAUGCUGAUAGUCUCAUCAUUGUUGUACUGUCUUGGUGGUGUUGUUAUGCUAUGGUCUCCCAAUGUAUAUGUCUUGCUCUUGGGUAGGCUGUUGGAUGGAUUUGGAGUUGGUUUAGCAGUUACUCUUGUGCCAGUCUAUAUAUCAGAAACUGCACCCCCGGAGAUCAGAGGACAGUUGAAUACCCUCCCACAGUUCACUGGUUCAGGAGGGAUGUUCUUGUCUUACUGUAUGGUAUUUGGCAUGUCUUUGAUGGAUGCACCGAGUUGGAGAUUGAUGCUCGGUGUAUUAUCAAUUCCAUCCCUUUUGUACUUUAUCUUGACGGUAUUUUACUUGCCUGAGUCUCCUAGGUGGUUAGUCAGCAAAGGGAAGAUGAAUGAGGCUAAGAAAGUCUUACAAAAAUUACGCGGCAGAGAAGAUGUCACUGGUGAGUUGGCACUGCUUAUAGAAGGACUUGGAACUGGAGUUGAUACUUCCAUUGAAGAGUAUGUGAUGGGCCCAGCAAAUGAUGAGGAAGCCACCACAGAUAAGGAUCAAAUCAAACUAUACGGUGCUGAGCAUGGCCAAUCUUGGAUUGCCAAACCAGUCACAGGACAAAGCACGCUUGGCAUGGUUUCUCGUUAUGGAAGCAUGGCCAACCAGGGAAGUAUGGCUAACAUGAUGGAUCCUCUCGUCACUUUGUUUGGAAGUGUACACGAGAAGCUGCCCCAGACAGGAAGCAUGAGGAGUGCAAUAUUCCCAAACUUUGGGAGCAUGUUCAAUACUGCUGCUGAUGAUAAUGGUAGAGAUGAAAAUUGGGAGGUUGAGAGCCGAGGUGAGGAUACAUCUUCUGAUGUUGGCCAUGAUGACUCUGAUGAUAAUCUGAGGAGUCCAUUGCUUUCACCUCAUGCCUCUGGUGUUGCUCCUCCAUCAAAUGGCAGCAUGCUGAUGCAAAGUGGUGAACUAGUCAACAGUACAGGUAUCGGUGGAGGUUGGCAGCUUGCAUACAAGAAAGCACAAGAUGGAACAGGCGAAUGGAAAAGGGUUUAUCUUCACCAAGAAGCUGGCAUGGGGUCUAUGCGUGGGUCCAUGCGUGGAUCUAUGCGUGGAUCAGUCGUUUCACUACCUCCAUCUGAUCUUCUUGAUGGUCAGCUUAUCCAGGCUGCUGGUCUUGUGAGUCAGUCUACCCUCAACAUCAAAGAUUUCAAGGGAGAGUCUCCCCUUGAGGAUGGUAAUGUACAGCCUUCAGCAGCUGCUACUAAAGGGCAGAGCUGGAGGGAGCUUCUCGAACCAGGAGUUAAGCGAGCAUUGAUUGUUGGUAUGGGAAUGCAGAUACUUCAGCAGUUCUCUGGGAUCAAUGGAGUUCUCUACUACACCCCUCAGAUUCUCUCACAAGCAGGAGUGGAUGUUCUCCUAUCAAGAUUGGGGAUUGGUUCAGACUCCGCUUCCCUCCUGAUUAGUGGGUUGACAACAUUGUUGAUGCUUCCUAGCAUAGGCCUUGCUAUGAGGUUGAUGGAUAUCUCUGGAAGAAGGUUUCUUCUGUUAAAUACACUCCCCGUCUUGAUUGGAUCACUGAUUGUUCUAGUUCUUUCCAAUGUUAUCGAAAUGGGAACUGUCUUACACGCAACAUUAUCUACUAUUAGUGUCGUUGUCUACUUCUGCUGCUUUGUCAUGGGAUUUGGUCCAAUCCCCAACAUCCUGUGCUCCGAAAUCUUCCCUACUAGAGUCCGUGGGAUUUGCAUUGCCAUAUGCUCUCUUACCUUUUGGUUUGGAGACAUCAUUGUCACAUACUCUCUCCCUGGUUUGCUCUCCUCUAUAGGCCUUGCAGGAGUCUUUGGCAUCUAUGCCAUAGUUUGCACCAUUUCUUGGUUCUUUGUUUACAUGAAGGUACCCGAAACAAAGGGCAUGCCCCUAGAAGUCAUCAGCGAGUUCUUCAACGUGGGAGCAAGGCAAGCUGAAGCUGAGAAAGAUAUGUGAGUUUUGUAAUAUUCAGAGUUUUGAUUUGCUCAUUGCUUCAGGCCCUCGAAGUAGAUGCCUGAAAGAAGUCAGUAAUGACGAGUCUGAUCAACCGUGAAAAAUGGAGAAGAAAGGAGAACCUAACAUUUUUUGCAAUACAAACUUGAUGCUGUUGCAUCAGUCAAAGAAAAAGGUUACUGUGGGUGAUUACACUACUCCAGUCACCCCUUCUCCUAAAAACAAUAGUUCUCGGCGAUUGGAUUUGCAGUUUUGUUCUGUUUAUUGAUAGUGUAAUGUGUAAUUUCUAUCAUUAGUUUAUUUGAUUGUCUAAUUUAUUUCUCUUUAUCCAUUAACAUUGUUACCUGGUUACAAUAUGGAGAAAUGGUUAGCUUUUACUUUAACCUUUUGAAUCCUAGGACCAUGUUAGUUUCUUGAAACACCUCACAUAAAUCAAGAAGGAAGAGGUUACUUUGAAUGUUCAAAGACAUGAAGUUUCCUUUACUUUUCA